CCUGAUGAGAGCGGGACAAGGGAAGGAACAGCCCAGAGACCCCAGACUUUUCUGCAAGCAAGAACCGAGAUCACAGGAAUGAAGGCGAGGGAGGGGUGUGAUCUGAAAGUCCAUCUUGGUCUUCCUGCCUGACCACACCCUGGCAGUCGCUGCUGGAUAAAACUCCCCCAGCCAGUCGGCUGUCACUGCCAGAGGAGCAGUCACAGAGCAGCCGGGUGGAGGCAACUCACCGGGCUACAGAAGUUGUGUUGGUCGCAGUGGUGGGACCAUGCCCAGGUAUACGGUACAUGUGCGUGGGGAGUGGCUGGCUGUCCCCUGUCGGGAUGCUCAGCUCACCGUGGGCUGGCUGGGCCGGGAGGCCAUACGGCGCUACGUCAAGAACAAGCCUGAUAAUGGCGGCUUCGACUCGGUGGACUCCGUGAACUUCCUCGUACGCAGGUGCAAGGGCCUGGGCCUGCUAGACCCCGAGGACACCCUGGAGUUGGCCCUGGAAGACAAUGAGUUCAUAGAAGUGGUCAUCGAAGGGGAUGCCAUGUCUCCAGACUUCAUUCCAUCUCAACCCGAAGGGGUUUACCUAUACAGCAAAUACAGGGAACCUGCAAAGUACAUCGACAUAGACGGGGACAAUCUGACCCCAGAGGACCUGGUCAACUUGGGAAAGGGCCGCUACAAGAUAAAGCUCACCCCGACUGCUGAGAAGAAGGUGCAGAAAUCCAGGGAGGUCAUCGAUAGCAUCAUCAAAGAAAAGACGGUUGUUUAUGGCAUCACUACAGGCUUUGGGAAAUUUGCCAGAACUGUCAUUCCUAUCAAUAAGCUAGAGGAGCUCCAGUUCAACUUAGUGCGUUCACAUUCCUCAGGUGUUGGAAAACCACUCACCCCUGAGCGAUGUCGGAUGCUCUUGGCCUUAAGGAUUAAUGUCUUAGCCAAAGGAUACAGCGGCAUUUCCCUAGAGACCCUCCGACAAGUUAUCGAAGCAUUUAAUGCCUCCUGCCUGCCCUAUGUUCCGGAGAAAGGAACGGUUGGCGCCAGUGGAGACCUGGCGCCCCUCUCUCAUCUGGCCCUUGGGCUCAUCGGAGAAGGGAAGAUGUGGUCUCCCAAGAGUGGCUGGGCCGAUGCUAAAUAUGUCCUGCAAGCCCAUGGGUUAAAACCAGUUGUUUUGAAACCAAAAGAGGGUCUGGCACUCAUCAAUGGGACACAGAUGAUCACCUCCCUGGGCUGUGAAGCUGUGCAGAGAGCUAGUGCUAUUGCCCGGCAGGCGGACAUCGUGGCAGCCCUGACCUUGGAAGUGCUCAAAGGCACCACCAAAGCCUUCGACACUGACAUCCAUGCUGUCCGCCCUCAUCGCGGGCAAAUCGAAGUGGCUUUUCGCUUUCGGUCACUCUUGGACUCUGAUCAUCACCCAUCCGAAAUAGCAGAAAGUCACCGGUUUUGUGAUCGUGUCCAAGAUGCAUACACCCUGCGCUGCUGUCCACAGGUCCACGGUGUGGUGAAUGAUACAAUAGCAUUCGUGAAGAACAUCAUUGCCACAGAAAUUAACAGUGCAACGGAUAAUCCUAUGGUCUUCGCUAGCAGAGGAGAGACCAUUUCCGGAGGAAACUUCCAUGGUGAAUACCCAGCUAAAGCCCUGGACUACCUGGCCAUCGGUGUGCAUGAACUUGCAGCAAUUAGUGAGAGAAGAAUCGAAAGACUCUGUAACCCAUCCCUCAGCGAGCUGCCUGCCUUCCUGGUAGCUGAAGGGGGUCUGAACUCUGGGUUCAUGAUCGCCCACUGCACGGCCGCAGCCCUCGUUUCUGAGAACAAAGCCCUGUGCCACCCUUCAUCUGUGGACUCCCUGUCCACCAGCGCUGCCACUGAGGACCACGUCUCUAUGGGAGGAUGGGCAGCGAGGAAGUCCCUCAGAGUCAUCGAGCAUGUGGAGCAAGUGCUGGCCAUUGAGCUCCUUGCAGCCUGUCAGGGCAUCGAGUUUCUACGUCCCCUGAAAACAACCACUCCACUAGAGAAGGUCUACGACCUGGUGCGCUCUGUUGUGAGGCCCUGGAUGAAAGAUCGCUUCAUGGCCCCAGACAUCGAGGCGGCUCACCGGCUGCUGUUGGAGGAGAAGGUUUGGGAAGUCGCAUCACCGUACAUCGAGAAAUACAGGUUGGAACAUAUUCCAGAAUCAAGACCCAUUUCACCUACGGCCUUUUCACUGGAAUUUCUACACAAGAAAUCCACCAAGCUUCCAGAGUCUGAUGACCUUUGACAGGUGUCGUCAUGAAUAAGAAGACCAGACAACAUUUCUGGCAACACUAGAUUCGGGGAGAGAACAGAGAACUUUCCUCUGUAGAUCAAUGUAUUCUAUGAUUCAGUUCGCUUAACGCCUACCUGGGGAACACAGCCAUGGUUGCUUUGGGAACCACUCUCAUGGUUCAAGACUUUCCGGGUAUUUUUUUUUCCCCCGAUUACAGGAGCUUCUUUCUUUCUUAAUAAUAUGGACAGGUUUCUGGCUCAUAAAGGUGAGAAGACCUGAGUAUUCUACUCUGAACAGUAGAUGGAUGCAGAUCUACACACCCAUGGGCAUCACUUUUUUCUCCGAACAUGAGACUUAGGAAUCGUACUUGUAUGUACUUUGACAAGCUCUCCACUAGAGAACUUUCUUUUGCUAAUGGUACAGUGACCUCCUAUGAGGGGGAUUACAAAAAGUAUGUGAGAAAAUAAAAGUAAAAGAUAAUAGAAAAUAAAAGUAAAAGAUAAUAAUAGAAAAGAUAAUAGAAAAAAAAGUAAAAGAUAAUAAUGUUGACGCCCUCUCCCCUGAGACAAAUGCCCUAAAUGCACUGUUCACAAAUGACCAUUUUUAAGCCAUUGCUUCCCUGUGAGUUGUUCUUUCUUCUGUUUAUUAAGUCAUAGUACCAAAAAGUCCAGGGGUUUUAAGCAAUUAGACCACAACUCAGCUCAGCUCAACUCAGCGCACUGCCGUCGAGUGACUGUCAACUCUGGUUAAAGCCAUCCAGAGGUGUCAUGUGGAAAGGAGUUAGAAGUCAAUAUAAAGAUUGUUAUUUGCAUGACCUCUGAACUGUGUAGUUCAUAUUUGUCAAAUACCAUCCUUCAUAUCAGAAAAAAAGGACUCAGAAAACUCACGGCCCUCUUAGUUGGUUCCAAUUCAAAGCAUGUGUUAGCACUUAAUAACGCGAAGUAAGACCACCUUCAUUUGACAGCUGAGAAAUUGGAUGCUCAAACGUUAAGCACCCUCUCCACCUGUAACAGUCAUCAUUAAGAUGAAGCCUGAAUGCGAAUGGUCAGGGGAGACCCUAGGAUGGGCUGCUCGAUUGUUUUCUUUCCCCCACGAAGAGCUCAGACCUAUGGGAAGGCUUAAGAGUAGCCGUGUAGGUGACGGAUGGGUCAGAGGCUUCUAGGCUUCCCAAGGCUUAGAUCAUGCCAGCACCGAAGGAAGUUGAACCCAUAGCUCUGCCAGCUGUAACCAAUCAAAAUGGGAUAGGCCCACUGGCCAGCGUGUGUCCCUAAACUGGGUCCAACAAUAGGUUUUACAGUCGCAUUUCCACUCAUUAGACUGGGAAGGUGAAACUUACCUGCAGGAAUUCAGUCCACAGAAAAAGUGCCGAGGGGCCUGUCGGCCUGGGAGUUGUUCUUAGCCAUCCUCUGCUGACCAGUGAAAGGAACUCUUUUCAUUGGUACCCUAAUCUGCCACCGAUCCAGCAGACACUCGCAGUCCAGUGGCUGCUCCUCACACCUGCUUGGAGGGUGCUGGGCUCCACCAGCCACUUUGGUCCUCUGUGGCCCCAUGACAUGCCCGCCAUCCCUGAAUGUGCCAUAUGGCUCUGUCAGAGACUGGCAUUGCCUUCAAGAAAUCUCAAGGCCGAAAUGGAAUAAACUAAGUCUCAAUUGUC